CCCCCCCCCCCCCCCCCCCUCUAUGAGAGCAAGUCUAGUUCGAGUAGAUUGCGGCAUCUCUUCGUUCUCCCUCCACUUUUCUCCCUGUCGUGCGACCUAAGACUGGUUUGGAACAGCCCGGGACGAUGGGUGUACCAAAUCCCGUCGACAUCAUGGAUCGCAUUGACUGCUCCGCGAUUUAUAUCGACCCGCGCGUUCAGUCUGAACGAUGGGUGUAUCAUAGCUCUUACGAUGGUCCGUUAACUUCGUCGUCACCUGCCGAUGAACCAGAGUCACUUCGGUCGGAUGUGGAUGUUCUUCUUGGUAUCUGUAGGCGGAUAUAUCUGUGCCAAGCUGGUGCAUCCCUUGCGACGAAAUUAGCAGAGUUGAGUGACAGUGCCGCGAAUCAUUGUACACCAGUUUUUGCCUUCUUCGACAUCGACCUUCAUGGUGAAGAAGGCCCUUCCUUAUCCCGUCGCAAUACAACCCGUGGCUCCUGGCCCGAUUCCUCUUCUUCAGCCUCGCUGCGUCGCGGCUUUACAUUCUCGUCCCAAAGUGAAGGCUCGUCAGACCUAAAGCUCCUUUCUGGACUUUCCACCGAUAUUCAAGUUCAAGAUGCUCUGAACCUCGUGAUUCCCGUCGCCAUUCUGCGCCCUCUGCCCAGAGAAUCUACCUCUGCCGUUCCUGAACACAAACCCGAUACAGGAUAUAUGCCGGAGCCUCAGCACAUCUCUAAAUGCCUGGACGCGGGCGCCAUUGACGUUCUGACAGCGCCCUUGGAUAGGAUUAGGGUACAGAGUCUGGUGGUUCAUGCCUACCGGUCCCGUAAAACCGCUCUCAGGGAACAGUCCCGCUUCAUGUCGAGGAAGAAGCUUCGGAAACACUCUUGGGUAGGCGUGCAUGACGAGCAGCCCUAUUCCUACCUGAGAGAGGCAAUGGUUUCGAAGCUGAUGAAAGGUAUCUGUAACCCCGAAGAUGCCAUUGAAGAAUUGCAAGAUGAGGAGUUUUAUGUCAGUCAUGAGCGUGAGGAGCAUGUUCGGCAACGCAUUGGCCAGUGGAGCUUUACUGCUCAUGAGUUCUCGGACGAUGAACUUGUUUUUGCCGCAUACGAGAUUAUCCAACAUGCAUUUAAGAUCCCCGAACUAGAAGAAUGGCGGUUGACGCCUGGCGAGUUGCGCACAUUUCUGCUCGCGUGUCGGGCGUCCUAUAAUUCUUUCGUCCUUUACCACAAUUUCCGACAUGCAAUCGACGUGUUGCAAUCUGUCUUCUGCUUUCUUCUCCACAUUGGUGCUCUGCCUCCGUACGGAUCUAUCGGUCUACAACCUGGGUCACAAUGCCCGAUCGCCUCGAUUGUCACCCCGUUUGAUUCCCUUACCUUACUCAUCGCGGCGAUCGGCCACGACGUCGGCCACCCUGGUGUCAAUAAUUUCUUCUUGGUCAAACUGAACGCCCCGCUGGCGCAACUAUACAACGAUAACUCCGUUCUAGAGGCCUUCCACUGUGCCGCCUUCUCACAAAUCUUGCGCCGGUACUGGCCGGCCGCGUUCAAAGAUAGACAACUUCGUAAGCUCUUGAUCAGUUCCAUCUUGGCGACGGACAUGGGUGUCCACCAGAAAUUCAUGGAGAGGCUUGGGUCAUUGCAGGAGAAGUAUUACGAGAACCAAAAGUCCGUGGAUGGUUGGAAAGCUCAGGAUAUCGAAAUGUACAAGACUCUUAUCUGUGGCCUAUUGAUCAAGUGUGCCGAUAUCAGUAACGUGGCGCGACCGUGGGAUGUAGCAGAGAAGUGGACCCAGAUCUUGCAAGAAGAGUUUGCCAACCAGGGAGAAAUGGAGAAGGAGGUCGGGAUGGAGACGGCCUUGUUUGGUGGCCCACCGGAAAUUGGAAACGUUUACAAGCUUGCCACUGGCCAGAUGGGUUUCAUGUCUAUCUUUGCCCUUCCGCUCUUCGAGGGCAUCUCUGAUGUUCUCCCGGAGCUACGGUUCACCGUGGAACAUAUCCGGAGCAAUCACUCCAGAUGGCAUUAUCUGGCCGACAUGGAAAAGAAGAAGAAGAAGAUGCAAUUCUUAGUGGUAGAUCCUGGUCCUGAUGGUCUGAUCUCCCCUCGUUCCCACAGCCCUGCUACGAGUGUCCGAGAUAUUCAGCCCCCUUUAACCACCAACGGUCGUGAGUCCCUGUCUAAACCUUUAUUCCCCGGAAACGAACCAACCCAAUGGCGCAAGACUUCGGGUGGCUACUUUGGGUCGCCUCGUACCUCGGUGGCUAGUGAGUACAAUGAGAACACCAUCAGUCCAGUUGUUUCUCCAGACACCCCUGGUCCAUCCAUGGAUAUCACGGGAGGCCCCUUCCCCGUCGAGGCGCCCUCUCGCAAAUCCUCCAGUGCGGUACCUGAUAUGGCCAUGAUAUCAAUUCCUGGGCCACCACCACCUCAUCGAUAUGGCUCGGUUCUGGCCCAACAAAGUAGUGAUCACACUACAGGUGAUGUCAACGGUUCGUCAAGGGACCCCGCAGUUGUGGCCGCCGUGAUCUUUGCUGAUACCUCUUCUGGGAAUCAUGAAGAAACCCUAAGCCAUUCUAGUGCGUAUGACAGUGCGGGAGAGGGUGCCGGGGAGAGAGCGAACGGAAUGCGAAAUGGGGGUUCGUCUUACCGCCAUCAGCAUGCAAACACAGGAUCUUCCGCACGCACAUCCGCCCCGUCGCACUCUCAGCGCAACAGCUGCACUCGAACUCAGAGCAUCAGCACGCACAGCAAUGCGGUGACCCCAAUCUCCCCGUCGACAAACGCGACGAGUCUUCUUUCUGCGGAUAGCGAUGAUAUGGGUUAUUCUCGGGACAAUAUCCCGCGCAGUGACUACCCAGAAUGGGAUAAUAACAGCACACGGGCAGGAUCGCCUAGGCAUGGUGCAACCGUGGAUGUAGAGUCUGAACAUACGCUCCACUCCGUGGAUAGCCACACUUCCCAUCCCCUCUCCGAUGAUUCUGGCAAGAACCACAUUUCGUUCACAACGCGGAAUAAAACCGGUGGUAGCUCCGCUCACUCGGGGACUACAACGAGCAGUCUGAAACACGAGGGACAACCUCCGCAUUGGGACGAACCCGUUGGGGUUGAGCAGCGUAAACUACCUAAGCGACGCAGCCGUCUUCGUUUGGCAUUCUGGAAACGCAGAACGUACCAUUCUAACAAUCACGAAGUUACGGGGGAGACUUAAGGCACACUAUAUACUUCCUUCCCCCCCCCCCCC